AUGUUGUCUGGCUCAGAUGUCGGAUCACACAACAGCAGCGGCUCUACCACCCCCAUCGCCGCCGCUGCCGCUGCCACCAUCAAGGAAAGCAGCAGCAAUCCUAGUAAUGGACAGGUUGCACGCCAGAACGUGCCUCAAAACCAACAAGAAAGUUUUCAGCAGGUUAUUUCUCAAGUAGACGGGAUAGAGCAAAGUAUUCAGAUUGUUGCAGCAUGUCCCAAAGACUCUGAUACCGGAUUUUUUCUUGACUUUGCGGAAGAAUAUUUGAACAAUACACACGACGGCUUUGCUGAACUACUAGACCCUUUCGAUCCGGAUGGGCUCCUCUCGCACGACCAAUUGCCAGUUGAAAAUUUGUCCGAUCCCACGUUGACCCAAGUCGGCAAUUUCAACAACAACGACCGAGGCCCAGACGGUUCUACCCGCGCACUCAGCCACGACUCAAGCAAAUACCAGUCGCUUGCUCCUACGGACCAAUCAAUGCAGAUAUCCUAUUCCAAGUCCAGCAGCAUCUUCUGCUCAAAGUCAAAUACAUUCAACUUAAAUCGAACACCAUCUUCAAGCUCGUCACGUAACGUAAUGGACACCGAUACAGACUCAUAUGAGGAUUUCAACAACAGCUACGACGAUGGAGACUGCGAGUGCAUGGACACAGCUCUACAGAUCCUCGAAGAAGUCAUCAUACUCCCCGUAGGUGCCGACUGGGCUAUGGCGGAGAACACAAUGUUUCUUCUCAAAAAUAACAUCUCUCGGUGCCUUGUCCUAUCUCAAUGUCGCGGGUGCCGACAAGAGUCAGGCAUCUGUAUGUUAAUACUGGUGAUAUAUGAGAAGCUCAUAACUGGGUUUGAGGACGUCGCACAAUGGUGGGACGAGCAUGGUCAUCCUCAGGGAGCUCGGAGCGAUAGCCGUAGUAAUCGCAGAGAAAGACAUCGUCAGUCGCAACAGCAACAGCAACAACAACAACAACAAAGACCUUUUGGGUCGAGACAACACCGACAACAAACCCGAUUUACAAUGGGAAAAUACCAGAUUGAUACUGAUGAAGAGCACCGGGCUGUGUUCGCGACCAUCAUCGCCUGCCAACUGCAACGACUUGCUGGACUUUCAUUGUUGAUGAUGCAGCAUAGCAAGAAGGCAAAUUGGCUGGCGUAUGUGCAAUACGGAGAAGGACUUCGACUCAGGAUGAAGAAACUGGAGAAGAAGUGGAAGUGUUGA